GUCGCCGUGCACAUUUUAUUUUCGUAUUUUUGUUGUUUAUGUCUUGUCUGUGGCAUGGGGGUUACAGAAAAGCAGCCAGAGUUUACCAAUCUAUGGUCUCCGGAUUAUGGGAGGCCGCCAAAGGUUCAACAUCAGCCCUUACAAGAUCUGACGAAGCCACACAUUGAUUCCUUCAAUUACAUGAUAAGAGAAGGUCUUGCCAAGUCUGUACGGUGUAUGCAGCCUCUAUCUUUCAAACUGAAAAAUGGCGAUAUUGCAGAAUUUUCUGUUGUUGAUGUAAACAUAUUUGCGCCAGAGGUGCCGUCGGGAAAUUACAAGGUCAGCGAUACCAAGGUCUACCCAGCCGAGUGUCGCCAGAGGGGUACGUCGUAUAAAGGAAGAAUUCAAGUGAAGCUGCUGUGGAAGAUGAACGGAGAACCAAAAGAAACAUUUGAUAAAAUGCUCGGGGAGGUACCGGUAAUGGUCAAGUCUGAUGUGUGUCACCUAUCUAAGAUGAGUCCCAAAGAACUGGUUGCCCAUGGCGAAGAGGUGCAGGAAAUGGGUGGCUACUUCAUCAUCAACGGCAUUGAGAAGAUCAUCCGUAUGCUUAUCAUGCCGAGGAGGAAUUAUCCUUUGGCCAUUGUUCGACCAUCUUGGGCAGGGAAAGGCCAAUUGUUUACGAGUUAUGGUGUCACGAUGAGAUGUGUCCGCACCGACCAAAGAUCAGCAAAUAUUGUCUUGCACUACCUCGAUGAUGGAUCUACCACUGUUUGCUUCACUCAUUCAAAGGAACAGUUCUUUGUGCCAGUCAUCAUGAUUCUCAAGAUCCUUGUAAUGGACAAACCAGACAAGUUCAUUUACGGGGAGCUGAUCAAGGGAAAGGAAAGCGACUCAUAUUACAAGGGGUGCAUCCAGAACAUGUUCCAGAAGAUCCAGGGCGAGGGCCUCGGGACGCCACGACACAUCUUGGAAUACUUGGGUGAACGCUUCAGGAUGAAAUUGCAGCUACCAGAGUUUUAUUCAGAUUUCGAAGUGGGCAAGUUCUUGAAAGACCAGUGUAUUUGUAUCCAUCUUGACAAUGACAUGGACAAGUUUGACUGUUUAAUCCUAAUGACGCGAAAGCUGUAUACGUUUGCCAAGGGGGAGUGUUCAGCUGAGAGUGCCGACAACCCAAUGUUCCAAGAGAUCCUGCUGGGAGGUCAUCUCUACCAAAUGGUGCUCGCUGAGAAGAUUGAGAAUUGGUUGCUGUCCCUGAAAUACGCCAUUGAGAAGGUUGAAAAUAAAGGUGGUGGUUCCCGGGGUACAGACUUCACGCUAAAUCACUCAUCGGUGAUGCGUUGUGUCUCACUGAGUAGUCAGAGUGCUAUUACAAAUGGUAUGGAGUACCUCCUUGCCACUGGCAACCUCAUCUCAAAGAGUGGCCUCGGACUAAUGCAGGCUACUGGGCUGACGGUCGUCGCAGACAAGUUGAAUUUCUUCCGUUACGUCUCACAUUUUCGUUGUGUUCAUCGUGGUGCUUUCUUUGCUCAAAUGAGGACGACUGCCGUCCGGAAACUGCUGCCAGAAGCUUGGGGCUUCCUGUGUCCUGUGCACACCCCUGAUGGUACACCCUGUGGUCUUCUCAAUCACAUGUCAGCUUCUUGUCAGACCGUUACAGAAGUACAGCCAUUCUUCCACGCAUCCAAGAUCCUCGGAGGUCUUGGCAUGACCCCCUGUGACUGUCCACCCCCAGGCCCGUACAUUGAGUGUUAUCCUGUGAUGCUGGACGGGAAGGUCAUCGGGUGGAUCCAUAAAACGCAAGCACAGGAUGCUGUCAAUCAGUUACGUUAUAUGAAGGUCAUGGGCAUAAAGAAGGUGCCGGAUCGCCUUGAGAUUGGCCUCGUCCCGAUGACAGAUGCUGCCGUCGCAGGUCAGUAUCCUGGGCUCUUCCUCUUCACGACAGUCGCUAGGAUGGUUCGGCCGGUUCUUAACCUGAGGUGCAAGAAGACCGAGAUGAUUGGGUCGUUUGAACAAGUCUUCAUGGAUAUAUGUAUCACGCCAAACGAGGCCUAUGAAGGGAUCACGACUCAUCAAGAGUUGUCGGAGGACGUCAUGUUGAGUACUAUAGCCUGCCUGACGCCGUAUUCUGAUUUCAACCAGAGUCCCAGGAACAUGUAUCAGUGUCAGAUGGCUAAACAGACGAUGGGAACGCCGUGCCACACGUUGACCCAUCGGUCAGAUAACAAGCUGUAUCGCAUCCUCACUCCUCAGACGCCGAUGGUACGGCCAUACAAGCAUGAUCAUUACCAGAUGGAUGAGUACCCUCUGGGAACGAAUGCUGUUGUGGCAGUGUUAUCAUACACUGGCUAUGAUAUGGAGGAUGCCAUGAUCAUCAAUAAAGGAUCAUAUGACAGGGGUUUCGCUCACGGAUGUGUCUACAAAUCCGAGUUUGUAGAUCUGGGAAAGCUGAGCGGUGAAAGGAGCAGAAUUACGCUUAUGUUUGGUAAUAAGGAGGAGGAAAAACAUACAGGCAAACUAGAUGCUGAUGGCUUCCCACCGAUAGGUACAUACCUACAGCAGGGGGAUCCCUACUACAGCUACAUCAAUGUCCAAACAGGCAUCCAGAGAGUGUCAGACUACAAGUCUAUGGAACCUGGCUAUCUCCAAAGUAUUAAGAUCUGUGGUAACGACUCUGGAACCAGUGAACUCCAAAAAGUCUGCAUCACACUCAGAAUCGUUCGCAACCCCAUCAUAGGAGACAAGUUCUCCAGUCGUCACGGACAGAAGGGUGUGUGCAGUAAACGAUGGCCGGUUGAGGAUAUGCCGUUCACGGAAGGUGGCAUGACGCCGGAUAUUCUGUUCAACCCUCACGGAUACCCGUCUCGUAUGACAAUAGGUAUGAUGAUAGAGAGUAUGGCAGGCAAAUCGGCCGCGAUGCACGGUCUGUGCCAUGAUGCUACUCCGUUCACCUUCUCUGAGGACCGUCCAGCAAUAGAUUACUUUGGUAGAAUGCUCACAUCAGCUGGAUACAACUACUAUGGCACCGAGCGUUUGUUCAGCGGUAUAGACGGCCGCGAGAUGGAGGCAGAUAUCUUCAUCGGUGUUGUCUACUACCAAAGACUCCGGCACAUGGUUUCCGACAAGUUCCAGGUACGAACAACAGGACCUCUUGACCAAGUCACCCACCAACCAGUGAAAGGUCGAAAGCGUGCUGGUGGUGUACGCUUUGGAGAGAUGGAACGGGAUGGCCUGAUUUCUCAUGGGGCAUCAUUCCUUCUGCAGGAUCGUCUGCUUAACUGUUCAGAUAGAGCAAAGGCGAACGUGUGUACCAAGUGUGGCUGUAUCCUCUCCCCGUACGUGGAGAAACAAGCGCCUGCCCUGGCUGCCAUAUCAUCACAGGUCUCACGCCGUCUAGUCUGCGCGUUAUGCAAUCAAUCAGACACGAUCGAAUCCUUGAACAUUCCAUACAUCUUCCAGUAUCUCUGUGCGGAGCUUGCUGCUAUGAACAUUCACGCUAAACUGGACGUCACAUCUCAACAGGAAUCGAGAAAGGAAUGAAAGUGAACUUUUUGUGUCGUGGUCGCCCAGAGAACUUUCUAUUUUAUGAAAGAUAUCAGCUACAUACUGUGUCAACAUGUUUAAGCCAGUGUUUACAGCAUGUGACAGUAUCAACUGGCCGUUAACUUAUCGACUGGCCAUAAGACCGUUAGUGUGAAACCACUUCCUGUCUCAUGAGAACAUUUAAUGAGUGAAAUAAGAGGCCUUCCUCCAACUGUUAACUGAUGGUCCUUCCAAUGCAUCUCCAGAGAUGUACCAGCAUUCAACCUGAAACUGCCAAAUGUGUUGAUCAUGUGUCAUUUGUAAAUUUAGUAAUAAAAUGGCCUGAAUUAUAAA